AUGCAGUCGACAAAACGUGUGGUCGGGACACUUUCGGAAUUUACCGUUGGGACGGAAGCGUCAGGCCCUGUUUUAAGCGGGGAACAGAGCUCGUUUGCAUCACAGCAGAUCCUACGGAAUUCUUGCAAAUUUUGGGCCUUUUGUACACGAGAGCAUACUGAUGCGGCGCGGCUGGGCAAGGUGGACGAUUCUCCAUAUCUUCAGUGUUUUCUGGCGAUGUCGAUGACCGCUGGACUAGCCUCAGUGCUGUGUGCGGGGAGCAGCGUCGAUAUUGCGGACCACGUGCCGAACGUUUCUACAGAUGAUUUUGAAGUCAAAAGAGUCGUCAGCAAUGUGAGCAAACUGCAAAGUGAUAUCAAGAAUGCGGACCAGUGUAUUUCAAACUGUCAGCAGCAGAUUGAAGAUGCUGCGCGACUAGAGAAAGCACGCAACAACGACAUGUUUCAGUACCAGGAAGGCGGGCUGCAUCGUCUUGC